ACGAUCUCACCGAAUACAAACCAGCUUUUGGUAAUACUCAGCGUUUCUCUGCACAGUUCAUCUGAUGUCUGGAGGAGUGUGGCGAGUCAAGAACCAGAGGGGUGAUUCUGGGACGCUUGUUUUGGCAGCAACCCAUUGUGUCAGCUUUUAAUAGCACAGCCGAAGGAGGUGUUGACGUUGUUCCUCAUGUGCCUCGAGGCCCUGCGUGUGAGCCACUUUCUAGCUGAGGUAAAAUUCUUGGCUUUGAGCGUUGCACAUUUUUGGAAGAAGAUUAAAGAAAUGAGAACUUUCGCCAAGGUCUUGAAGGGUUGCACACUGGCACUGAAGGGCACUGGCAAUGCCUGACACACAUCUGGAAGGUCUGACAUCAUGUUCUUGUUGUAAAGAAUUUUAAGAUAGAAGCACAAAACAAAGCUUUUGGAUUGAUUUUUAAGACAUUGGAUUAGAAAUUUGAGAUUUCUUAAAAGCAGCCCAUGGCUUUGGAGCUUCUGUCCAGAGGAUGUGAACAGGUGCUCAAGAAUAACCUCUCUGCGAAGGAUUCUCAUGUCCCCGAGCAAGUAAGUGACAGUACACUGGCCAUGGAUACUUUGAACCAAAAUCUUAGCCAUGGGCAUCAGUCUCAUCAGGUGCUCCAGAGUACUCCACUGGAUCUUAUUGAGACUGGAAAGGCACUGAAGGUUCAAGCAGAGCGCCCCCAUUUAGUCAGUCUGGGAAGUGGGCGUCUCAGUACAGCCAUCACCCUCUUACCCCUGCCUGAAGGGAAGACGACUGUGGGUCAUGGAGCCAUGGACAUCAGCAUACAGGGCCCCGGGGUCGCAGCUCAGCACUGCUUUAUUGAGAACAGGGCUGGAAUCAUCACACUUCACCCCUGUGGAAACCAGUGCAGCAUGGACGGACUGCCGGUCAACAAACCUGUGCGACUCUCUCAAGGCUGCAUGCUGUGUUUCGGCCAAUCCGCCUUCUUCCGCUUCAACCACCCCGAGGAGGCUUUCCGAAUGAAAAGCAUGAUGCCCGAGGGAGGACAGACAGCCAGUGUGAAAAACUGGACCCACAAAGAUUCAGAGAACCUGGUCAAUGGGAACCACUCUUCAGGAGAGGCAAAAUCCCACUUGGUUUCCAACGAGAGAGUGCGCCCUGAGCACAGUGCCAUCGUCAGUUCCAUUGAGAAGGACCUUCAGGACAUUAUGGACUCAUUAGUCAUGGAUGACCCUCAGCCCUCAUCCUCCGAGUCAAAGAAGCCCUCUAGUCAGUCCAUCUCACAGUCUCCCCUUUCUCCGAUGUUAAAUGGAGGGGGGCGCUUCCUUCUCUCUCCCCCAACGAGCCCUGGUGCUAUGUCUGUGGGCUCCAGUUAUGAGAAUAACUCCCCUCCUUUCUCUCCUCUGUCAUCUCCCUCGGCUGCCAGCAGUGGCAGCUACACCACUCUCUCACCAAUUGGUUGUCAGGACCAGCCUCACAUGCUUCCUCCUGUGCCAGUGAGGUCUUCUAGUUACAAUUAUACCAGCCAGCCACCCAUACCUCAGCCACGGACCAUACUGCCCAGCUAUUCCAGUGGCAGCAGUGGGCCAAAGGUGCCUGAGAGUCCCAGACUCCAGCGAAAGGCGCUUUUAGAAGCACCGCCAAGCCCAAAGCCAAGCCGUAGGGGGUUGAACCAAGACAGCUCGGUGGCUAAAACCCCAGACAGCCCCAUACAGACUCACAUUCUGCCCUCAGUCUCCAUCUCUACAGCUCCGACUGAUGUCCCAUCUGUUAGUCGGGUACCAGUUCCAGGUAGUCCUAGAUUAGCCACCAAAUUCUCCACUGCGUCCUCACCUGCCUCACCCUCUAGUCCCAGAACCAAAACUACCAUUGUCCUCCAAGAUCGACCCUCAAGUCCUUUCCGGGAGCAACCUCAGCCAGAUCGUUCUUUGACGUCCAGCCCCUCUCACCAACUCUCCCCACCAUCAAGAUCUUUCCAGCCCCCAUUGGACCCCAUUGUUCACAUCAUUCAAGGUGGACCUUCACACCCACAUCCUCGAACACUGCAGCCUCCAGAAAGUCCGCGGCUGGCCCGCAGAAAUCUUGAAGGGAGCAGCAUGAGGGAACUCCCCCCUCUCAGUCCCUCCAUAGCUCGCAGGGGGGUUCCUGUGCUCCCAGGUGCUCUACCAGGAACCCUGCGAACUCCAGAGAGCCCAUCCCCAAGAAUGGUGCCAGAGAGUCCCAGACUCAGGAGGAAAACAGGGUCACCUACAGAGGAGCCAUUCAGUCCUCGUGCGAUGCGCACUCGUAGUCCUUCGCCCACCUCUGGACUGACUGGCGAAAGCAGUGGACGGAAGGGAAGUUUUGGGAACUCACUCUCUUCUGCCUUCAGCCUAAGUUCUCUGCCUGGGUCUUCCCCACGAUCUAGUCCCAGGAGCCACCGAAAGAUGUCAGCAGGCCACAGAGACCUCCGGAUGCCUCACCCAGGCAUGAGGGAGCGCAAAAACAGCAUCACAGAGAUCAGCGACAACGAGGAUGACCUUCUGGAGUACCAUCGACGCCAAAGAGAAGAGCGACUCAGAGAGCAGGAAAUGGAGAGACUGGAACGGCAGCGGCUGGAGACAAUCUUGAACCUCUGCGCUGAGUAUAACAAGGGCGACGGGCCGCCGGGUGAUUUGGGCAGGAUGGGCGUCUCUGGGCUUGGCUCGAGGGACGGGCUUAACGUCAGGCGUCCUUCAAUGGACAGCGUGAACAGCGCUUCACUAAGAGCGACUCAAAGACAACGGGAAAGCCAAGAGGACAACCUGAAGGAGGAUAGCAGUAGCACUGAGAGUGCGCAGCUGGACGGACGGACACCUGCUCUGCUAAAUGGACAGAAUGGACAGGCUGAGGAGUCUCUGGGUUCGGGCAGCAUUGGCCGUCUGGAGCUGGGCUACCUGGAGGAGGAGCGGGUUCGAGUGCUGGCAAAGGUAGAUGAGCUCAAAGCUCGAAUCACAGAACUGGAGCAGCAACUUCAGGAGUCUAAACAAGAGGCGGAGAUGGAGAGAGCUCUGCUGCAGGGAGAAAGACAGGCUGAGAUGGAGCAAAUCGAGACUGAGACCGAGAUUAUCAACCAGCUGCAGCGCAAACUCACUGAACUGGAGAGCAGCAUCCAGAGAGAGAAGGACAAGGCAUGCCAUUCUUCCAGAUGGCCACUCAAGGCCCAUUCAGGUCUCGAUUGCCAUCCUCAGGAGAGGGCUAAUGUUGACGCGGAGCGGGAAGCCCUGGAGAGGCUUCAGGAUGGGUACAAUGAGUUGACGAGCCAGCUACAUAACUGCCCUGAGUCUCUGAGGGAACAGUUACAGGAACAGCUCAAGAGGGAAGCUGAGACUCUUGAAGCAGCGACAAAGCAGUUUGAAGACCUGGAGUUUCAGCAGUUGGAGAGGGAGAGCAGUCUGGAGGAGGAGCGCGAGACCAUCAGCCAGCAGCUCAUGCAGGACAGAGCUCAAUACCACAGCAGUGUCGCCAAGAGAAAGGAAAAGGUGGUGGCAUUGGAGAGCCAGGCGAGCCAGCUGGGAAUACAGGCCGCUCAGGAGUGUGAGAGACUGGCCAAGGACAGAACCAUCACCUUGCAGAUGCUACACAAGGAAAAGGAAAGGCUGGCCAGUCUGGAGAGAAGAUACCAGAGUUUAACUGGUGGAAAGACGUUCCCCAAAAGCUCCAAUACUAUAAAGGAGGAGUACUUGAAGCUGUCGGAUGUGUAUAAGAUGUAUGGGAGUGAAUGCCAUGACAUCCAGCUCGCCAGCGCUUCCUCACACGGCCUCUCGCUUGCCCUUGACCCAGCUGAAACUGCCCCGCGUGAGGAGUAUGUGACGGUCAGCCAAUUAAACCAGAUGUACGGGAUGCCAAAGGUGGAGUCUUCCCCUACCUCACCCGUCCAAUCAGUGCAGCCCUCUCUCGCAGACUCCACCUUCCCCCGCCUCCCUUCCCCUCAUGGCUCCUCCCUCUCUCUCUCCUUCGAGCGUCAGUCAGACUGGGGCAGGCCUCAGAUGCCCGUGCUAGAUUUAGAGCACUGGUACCAGGAGGUAAUGGCAGCUGGAGAUGUAAACCAGCUCUGCCCUCCUCCAUUGCCGGCUAAAGCUUUCUCAUCAUCAUCAUCAUCACCACGCAGGCCUGUGCAGGUGUACAGAUCUCGACUGGACAGUGAUUGCAGCCAAUCCUCACUUAGACCGAAAGUCAGCGCCGGUUUGUCUCCUACAUACACGACGGCCACGCUGGGACGAAACAGUCCUGCCAGGAGUCCUCUGAUGGUGGCCAACAGCACCGGAAGUCUCCCACGCAACCUGGCAGCCACCCUGCAGGACAUCGAGACCAAGAGACAGCUGGCUCUUCAGCAGAAAGGUCAGCAGGUUAUCGAGGAGCAGCGCAGGCGUCUGGCGGAGCUGAAGCAGAAAGCUGCAGUGGAGGCUCAGUGCCAGUGGGAGGCGCUGCACGGCUCUCAAACGCAGCUCCACCAGCCCUUCUCAUCAAGCCCAGCACCGGCGCUUCACCACUCCAUCCUGCACCACACAGCGCCCCCUUGCGGAGAGCAGCCGUACGACACGCUAAGCCUGGAGAGCUCGGACAGCAUGGACACCAGCAUCUCUACUGGAAACAACUCGGCCUGCUCGCCGGACAACAUGUCCAGUGCCAGCGGUAUGGAUGCGUUGAAGAUUGAAGAGAUGGAGAAGAUGUUGAAGGAGGCGCAGCUGGAAAAAGCUCGGCUCAUAGAGUCUAGAGAGCGAGAGACUCAGAGCCGUAAACUGAUGCUGGAGGAGGAGCGGAGGAGGAGAGAGGAGGCCGAGAAGAGGCUGCAGGAGGAGACGCUGCACAGACAGCAGCUCAUCGAGAAGGAGGUCAAGAUGAGGGCCAGAAACUUCUCUCAGGCCCGUCCGAUGACCCGCUACCUGCCCAUCCGCAAAGAGGAGUUUGACCUGCGUUCGCACAUCGAGUCUUCAGGCCACAGCGUAGACACCUGCUACCACGUCAUCCUCACCGAGAAGAUGUGCAAGGGCUUUCUGGUCAAGAUGGGAGGCAAGAUCAAAUCCUGGAAGAAGCGCUGGUUCGUCUUUGAUCGCCUCAAAAGGACGUUCUCUUACUACGCCGACAAACACGAGAGCAAGCUGAAGGGUGUGAUUUACUUCCAGGCCAUCGAGGAGGUUUACUACGAUCACCUGCGCAGCGCCACAAAGAAAGGAUUUUUCAAUCUGAAUCUGACAAACAGCCCGACCCCGACGCUGACCUUCUGUGUUAAAACACACGACAGACUGUAUUACAUGGUGGCUCCGUCCGCAGAGGCCAUGAGGAUAUGGAUGGAUGUGAUUGUGACAGGAGCCGAGGGCUACACACAGUUCAUGAACUGAAACAAACCACAAAAGCAUUCAGCAGGGAGACCCGCACCUCUUAUUCCCAGCGAGAGGAAAAAACUUGAUUGUCUAACUUCCCUGUUUCCUGGAGAUGUUGUAAACUGGCUCAGCUGCACAGACAGGUAUUCACCAGAGGCUUUCCUGGAUCCAAAAAAAAAAAAAAGGGAGACUCACUCGCCAUCCAAAAUGCCUUUUAUUGCCGUUGGAGAUAUUGUUCAGUUGCAGCCUGGAUGUGCAGAAAUCUACUUUCAUUUCUACCAUUUGUUCCAUGAUAUGUUUCCAAUGGGGAGAAAAAUGCCAAAUGACAUCAAACCAUUCUGGAAAAGCUUCUGCGACAACAAUUCGCUGGGAUUGACUCUGAUGAAAUGCUGAAAAUUGACACUCGAGAGAUGUUUUUAAGUGGAAUUUAAAAGAGUAUUACAUGCACAUUUAAAGAUCUGGAAUCACGAAUACUUUUCACCAAAGCUCACCUACCAGCUCAGGAGUGUGUAUUUAUUGUGGAGGGGCAUCAGCCACUCCUGGCCCACCGUUUCCCACUGUGUCUCUGUAUUCCCAGCUUUGUUUUCAAUUCGCAUGCACACACACAUUUAACAGUAGAGUCUAUUUGCCAAGUCCUGACAACUUGAUCUUGCGUUUUGAGGCCAUCUCCUAUCACUGCCAGCCUACCAGAGUUUGGAAGAUUUGCCACAAACAAGAGGACAAAACAAACAAACAACAUCGGAAUCAUGCAAGUCAUGCAGUGCCUUGAGACUGACCCAUAUUUCUCACUCGUAGUAUUUGAACUGUUACACUAGUGAAUAAAUGUUGCAGGAA